AUGACACAGUAUUUGCCUCCAAACUUGCUGGCCUUGUUCGCUGCCAGGGACCCGCUGCCAUAUCUCCCUCCUGCCGACAAACUACCCCAUGAGAAGAAACGGGUUCCAUAUUCAGGCGUUGCUUCGUUUCUGGAGGGAUUCGAGGAUCCUAAAGAUACACCUCCCCCAACACGAGUGGAAACCAGAGAUGAACGUAAGGAGAGAAAACGCAAAGAGAGACAGGAGCAGCACGCUUACAAGUUAGAACAAGAUCUGGCUUUAUGGGCCCCAGCAACUAACCCAAAUGCCACAUCAAAUCCAUUCAGGACUUUGUUCAUCGCCAGAAUUAAUUUUGACACAAGUGAAUCGAAGCUUCGGAGAGAAUUUGAAGUUUAUGGGCCUGUGAAAAAAAUUUCUGUCAUCAAUGAUCGAAACUCGGGCAAGCCAAGGGGCUAUGCCUUCAUUGAAUAUGAGCACGAGAGGGACAUGCAUGCGGCAUACAAGCAUGCAGAUGGUCAUAAGAUCGAUGGGAGGAGAGUGUUGGUCGAUGUGGAAAGAGGCCGCACUGUGGAAGGCUGGAGACCCCGACGUUUAGGUGGUGGUCUUGGUGGCACCCGCAAAGGAGGCCCCGACGAGAACACAAGGUUUUCUGGAAGAGACGAGUUCAGUACUGUUGGCAAUGAUAGAGCUGGAGGCGGGUUUCAACCAAGAGUUGAAGACGAACGAGGGAUUCGGCGCAGAGAAAGAUCACCGAGUCGUGAACGCAGGCGCCGCAGCAGAAGCAAAGAGCGCCCGCGGCGUAGUAGGAGCAGAGAAAGGGUUCGCCGCUCAAGAAGUCGGGAGAGGAAGAGAAGCAGGGAGCCGAGGAAUGAGCGGGGUGAUGCAGAAGUUGUGGUUCCCGAAGAUGAGGAAAACAAUGCUGCUCGCCGAGAUAAGAAAAGAAGCAGGAGAAGCCGAUCCCGCGACCGAGGAGAUCGCCGUAGAAGUCGAUCCCGCGACCGUAAGAGAGGCAAGCGCUCCCGCUCAAAGGAUCGUAAGUUUAAGAUUAAGGAAGAGGACCUGCAGGCGGCAGCCCAGUGGGUUGGAGGAGACGAGGAUAGACAGAAUGGAAAUCAAGAUUACGGCAAUCAAGAUUUCGAGGAUAGCAUUCGGGUCAAGGAAGAGAAAGCGGAUGCUUAUGCCGGAUAUGGAGGUCCUGGCAUCAACAUGGAUCGUGGGGAGCAUGAGUAUGGUGAAUUAGAGGGAGAAGAGGGUUCUUGA